AUGUACGCCUUGCCAAACGAGAGCUGUCGGCAGCAGCGUGGCGCAGUGGAAGCGUGCUGGGCCCAUAACCCAGAGGUCGGUGGAUCGAAACCACUCGCUGCUAGAACCUUUUUUCGCUUUUUUCAGCGAGUGGUUUCGAUCCACCGACCUCUGGGUUAUGGGCCCAGCACGCUUCCACUGCGCCACGCUGCUACCGAUGUCUUUGACGCUUCAUAG